CGCGCGCGCUCUCUCAUCUAACGGGCAGGGAGGUGACCGGCCACGGCUGGCGCCGAUCGACAAGGCCAACUCUCAACACCUUCCCUUCCCCUUCCUACAUUCCUCGUCCUCCUCAGUCUCUCCCCUCUCAGCCCCCAAAGGAUCCCUCCUCUUCACACUCCGUCUCACCACAUUCGGAGCUCGGAUUCAACCACUGCUUAUCCCACCCGAUCCCUCCCAAAUCAUCCCCGCACCCGAUUCGCUGCUCCCCUGCAAAGAGAGGUCUGUACCCCUACCUUGAUUCGGCGGCCGGCGCCAUGGCGAGCGGCAGCGAGCAGCCGCAGUCGGAGACCGAGCCCGAGGCGGUGGAGCUCGUGCUGUUCCAGGUCGCCGAGUGCUACGUCUAUCUGAUACCUCCUAGGAAGACGGCCGCCUCUUACAGGGCUGAUGAGUGGAAUGUCAACAAAUGGGCUUGGGAAGGGGCACUUAAGGUUGCCAGCAAGGGAGAAGAAUGUGUCAUCAAACUAGAAGACAAGAGCACUGGUGAGCUGUAUGCUAGGGCAUUUCUGAGAGAAGGCGAACCACAUCCGGUGGAAGCUGUAAUUGAUAGCAGCAGAUAUUUUGUACUUCGCGUUGAAGAGAAUAUAGAUGGGCGUCAGCGUCAUGCUUUUAUAGGUUUAGGCUUCCGUGAAAGAACUGAAGCAUAUGACUUCCAAGCUGCUCUACAUGACCAUAUGAAAUAUCUGAACAAGAAGAAGACCGCUGAAGAGAUGGUGCAGCACUAUGAGAAUACAUCAUCAGUGGAUUAUAGCCUCAAAGAAGGGGAAACUUUAGUUCUUCAACUAAAAAAUAAAGAAAGUGGCAGCAAGACGAAAUCUGCAUUUUUCGAGCAAGGCCUGAACAAGCUGUCGUUCAAUGAAAAAACAAACACCAAGGAGGCCACAGUGUCCCUCAAACUCCCACCACCUCCACCCUCACCCGUGUCUCCAACUGAUUCUGGAGUUGCCAUGUCCCCUUUCAAAGCAGAAUUUCCUUCCCAGGAACAACCAGGCACCGGGGAUGCUGGAGCCGCCGCUGCUCCUUUCAAAGCAGAGUUUCCUUCACAAGAAGAAGCACUGGAUGAUACCGUGGAAGCUAGAGCAGAAGCUGCUCCUCGUAAUCAACCAGCCGCAGCAGAGAAGAGCAAACAAGGAAGCGUGGAUGAUGAGUUUGACUUUGGGGACUUCCAGGCUGCUGCUUGAAUCAUGUAUCCUGUACAUACGUCAACUUUAUUACGUGGACACAUACAUGUCUCCUUUCUUUUUCUUGGAUCUCCCGUCAGUUGUGACUUUUUUUCGCCACCCGAGUUGUUUGUUGUACAGAGAGCUGUCAUAUGAUAAGCCGUAUAAAUUAAGAAUACAUAUAUAAGCCGUGUUCUACGUGGA